AAGCCUAUUUACUGUCGCUUCUGUUGCGCUCGUGCAGAUCAAUUCCACUAAUUCCUCCAGCGAUGAAGCCCUCGAGCCUGGACCAAACAGCUGGAUUGAUACUCAGGUGCGUGUGCGUGCUCGCGCUCGCUACCGCCUCGUGCUGCCUCGUCCCGGCUCCAAGAUCAAAGUUGGACGCGGGGACGUUGGUCGGCGUCGGGAGCGCGCCUCCGCGCGGCCUGGACGAGAUCGACACUGGGUGCUGGGACGCCGCGUCGGGAGCGCUGGUCGAAGCGCGCGGGGCGCGCGCGCACGACAACGUGGCGGCGCUCUGGGACUCUCUAACGCGCCUGAGCGCGUCCCCGCGGCCGCAGCACCAGGAGCUGUUCACGAGGCUCGCGCAGGUCUUCUGGGAGCGCUACGUAGACUGUGUAUUGUCGCGCGCGCACGGCCUGGGAAGGAGACACGCUGGAGACCAACACCAUGCACUGUAACGCUUAUUUUUUUUUUUUCAUUUAACUAAAGACUGGGUUGUUUGUUUUUGUUGUGUUAAUGCAUUGGUUUAUUUGUUUGUCUGUCUUUUAUCAAAACAUCAAUCCUGCCUGCUAAUAAGUUUGAUCAGAUGUGUUGUUUUUAUGGGUUCAAUUCAUUAUAAAAAGAAAAUAAACGCCGUAUGUUUUAGA